GCAUUGAAUAAUUUCAUUGAUACUAGACAAGUACAUAAUAAUCUAUGAAUUAUAUUAGAGCCGCAACCUGCUUAAUAAAUAAAUCAGAUUUCGGUUAACUCAAAAAGUAAAAAGUAAAUCAUUUUAAACAUUCAACUUUGAAAAGUUUUGAAUGCUUAUUUUUUAAUUUGUAACUUAUUUACUAAUUUUGUUUGUUUACUUUAAUUAAUAACUUAUUCAUUAAAAUGAAUGAAGAGAAAAUAGACAAUUGUAAAAAUAAUAUCUAUGACCAUUUGAUUGCCGAAGAAAAAAACAAGCACUCUGUGUAUUGCACUAAAUGCCCUUCUAAAAUUUUGCCAUCUACAUUAGGAAAACAUAUGAAUAUUGAGGUAAUUGUUCAUCAUAUUUUCUAAUUAUUUAUUGUUAAUUAAUAAUUUAUUUUGUAGUUCAAUCUUCCACAUAUGUCUCAAAAAAAAAAUUGCGAGUCUAUUGAAUGUGAAUUGUUAUCAGAUUACUGGAUGGUACCAGAUAUGUACAUGUUUGAUAAUAUUGGAUUCUCAAAGCCUAUUGAAUCUGGACUUAAAUAUCUUAUAUGCGCUGAUUGUGAAAUUGGUCCGAUUGGGUGGUACGAUGAUAAAACUAAGCAGUCUUAUGUAGCACUGUCAAGAGUCAAACAUGCUGAGGAUUCAUGAUAUUUAUUUAAACAAAUUGUAAAUAUACCAAAUAAUAUAAUUAGACAUACAUUUAUUGGUAACAGUAACUUAA